GUUCUCUAUGUGAGCUUUAUGCCCUGUCAGUCUCUUUUGUUUCUGGCCAAAGGGUGUGUUUCCCUCAGCUGUCGGGCUGUAGUGUGUGUAGGCGUACUGAGGGACUGUUCCUACUUAGCUAGCCCAAGGUCUCCGCUGGUGACCUGUGAGCCCUGACCCUGAACCUGUGUUCAGCUGAGAGCUUCCUGCAGCCAGACAGCACAGGAUGGAGGAGGAGGUAGCGAGGUGCUUCCUGGGGAGGUUUGUGGAGGACUUCCCAGCUGCUCUGGAGGAAGGCAGUCCGCUGCCCGUCAGCCCUCUGAGCCGCAGAGUCUCCCUGGAGGAGCUGCAUGGAGAGAGUCUGGAACUGGGUCUGAGGCUGCUGGCUGCCAGGGGUGCUCCUGCAGGCCUCAGCACCCUCCUGUGCCAGGCUGCUCUGUCCCAACUGCUGAAGGACGACCUCUCAACUUUCUACUGUGCACAGGAAGCAGAGGCCAACCAGGAGGAUGAACCGCAAGUAGCCUUACUUCAGUCAGACACAGUCCAGCGUCUCUUCCUCAACAAGCUCAUAGGCUUAGCGUUGGCGUGGCAUCAAAAGCUUCCCAAGCUUCCAGCCUCGCGCGUCCUCCAAUGCUCCGUUCACGCCAUCAAGAACACGAGGAGGAAGAUGGAGGACAAACACCUGGCCCUCGCUGAGUUCAACACGCUGUUUGGAAUCCAGGAUGGGGUGGAGCGUGCCUACUACGGUGUGUUUGACGGACACGGGGGCGUGGAUGCAGCCACCUACACCGCCACUCACCUCCAUGUGGCUCUGAGUCAACAGCACACACUGCAGAGCGACGCAGCUGCAGCCUUUAAAAGCGCCUUCACACGAACUGAUGACAUGUUUAGAAGCAAAGCCAAGAGAGAGCGUCUGCGUAGUGGCACUACAGGUGUUGCAGUGCUGAUCCAGGGUCAGGAGCUCACAGUGGCCUGGCUGGGAGACUCGCAAGCAAUACUGGUCAGAGAAGGACUGGCUGUAACACUCAUGGACCCCCAUAAACCAGACAGAGAGGAUGAGAAGCAGAGAAUUGAGGAUCUCGGUGGCUGCAUCACCUUCAUGGGUUGCUGGCGCGUUAAUGGCACGUAUGCUGUAUCCAGAGCUAUAGGUGACUUUGACCAGAAGCCCUAUGUGUCUGGAGAUGCUGACUGCUCCACAAUCCAGCUGUUGGGUGGUGAGGACUAUGUGUUGCUGGCGUGUGACGGCUUCUUUGAUGCAGUCAGACCUUCAGAGGUCCCUCAACUGGUCCUGGAUGCUCUCCAGCAGCCCACCGACACCGAGGCAGGAGGAAAUGCUCUGCCGGAACUGUCCGAGGACGCUAUUGGACAGAGAGUUGCUCAACAGUUGGUGGCUCACGCCAAGGCAGCUGGUUCCAGUGAUAACAUCACAGUGAUGCUGGUGUUCCUUCGUCCUCCACAGCAGCUGCUGGCUCAACACUCCACCUCAGGAAGUGCACAAGCAACUCUGGAUUCCACUUCCCAAGAUGCAGCACAGAAGUAAAGGAGAGGGUUUGCUGCCAAGACACCACUGCCAAGCUACUGCCUGACUCAGCAUUUUUCAGACUUUUUCUUAUUUAGUCAGAAACGCUGCACACUGACAGAAUUGUUCUGAAUCUAACAGAAAACAUGAACAGACAGCUUUGAAGGGAAAGUGCUGAUUAAACGGUGUUAUGACCAUUUAAUAAAGUGUGAAGGCUGAUGCAGGGACAGAUAAACCUAGCUGAGCCCCAUACUUAACCUGUUACCUUCACCUACAAACCAACCAGUAUUACACUGGAAUGAUAACCCUCGCUAGAUUCAUUCAUUCAUUCAGUCCUGAUUUUAACCUGAGUAUUGACUGUUUCCUGUGAUAGUGACUCUUUCUAAAGAGCUUUGUGUUUGUGUGAUUCUCUGAUGGAAGCAAAGAAAGGUCAGAAUGAUUUGAAUCAGAGGAAACUGAAUAAUUCCAUCACUAUAAGUCUUAAUGUUGACAUUGAAAUUCCUUAAUAUAUCAAUUUGAGAAUUAAGCAUUCACUUGUUAUUAAGUUUCAUGGUCAAGUAUCCAUCUGAUUCUGAAGAUUUCAAGUCUUUUUUGCCUUUCUUUGCCUCUUUAUUCACUGUGUGCCAGAAACUAAAGCUUGUCCUCUUUCCUGUCAUGACAGUCUGUUACCUUUUUUAAGCUCUGUACUAAUAUUCACGGUUGAGUUCUCAUCCAUAUCAUCUUAACCAUACAUGUAUGCAUCAUCAGUAUUAAUGUUCUUUUUGAUUUGCACUCUGUGUCUGUGAAAAAAACAAAAACAAGUCUCAGUCACUCAGGACCUGCAGUGGGUUUGGAUUCACACUGACAUCAUUAACAGCUGAGUGAAAUAUGUUGUUGUUGGGUUGCAGUGGACAUUUUCAUUCUCAAAUAUGCCUUCAAGAACUUCCAUAUCUGUAACGCCGAGCAGUGUUACUAUAAAAAGAAUGCACUGUACACACUAGAGGAAAUGACUGGAUUAAGUCAGUAAAUCUGUCGUUGUAAUUAUGAAUGAAGUGGAGACUUUUUCUAUUUCUGAGCUUCACAAAGAAAAGGGAACAGCAGCGAUCAGAGAGGCAACUGAACAGUCAGUAUUUUUAUUUUAAAGGUCAACAAAUGUGCCAAAACAUAAGCCUGGUAUGAGGUGAGGUAGUUUUGAUGUAGAACAGUUUUUAUACUGAACAAACUGACAGUAUUUCUGACUCCUGUGUUUGAUUCUGCAUAUCCUUAAAUAACCAUUCUUAAUCUUGUCUUAAUCAUGUUGAGAUUAAUAUCAACAUUUGAGCUGUAAUGGUUUUUUGGAUUUUAAUAACACUGUAAUAUUCAGUUUUAUUCCUACAAUUUUAUCUUUGAAAAUAAAGUUUGAUUUG